CGCAAUCCUGUCGUGACGUCAGUCAUCUCCUGGAACGUCAAGGAGGUGCUAAACAUCUUCUAUUCCUCUUUCACUUUUCACGACAGAAGGCCGUUUCGAGACAAACGGCAUUCAACCAUCAUGUCGACGCCACUACUUAUACCGCAGAACCUGAGCCAAGGGGAAAAAGGAGGAAUUGCGAAUGAUUUCAUGUACAGCAAUAAUGUUGCUGGUAGCCACAUCUACAUUCGUAUGGGCUUCUUAAGGAAGGUCUAUGGCCUACUCUCUGUCCAGUUGUUGGUCACCACCGUUGUUGCUGCAACAUGUGCCUACACACCUGUUCUGAAGGAUACCAUCCAUGCCAAUCCAUGGCUUCUCAUCAUGUGUCUUCCUUUAGCUCUGGGAGUGCUGAUAGCACUUCAUGUGAAAAGACAUCAUGUACCUGUCAACUUCUUGCUUCUUGGAGCAUUUACUAUUAUUGAAUCCAUAACUGUGGGAGUAGCUGUGAGCAUGUAUGAAGCCGAAUCAGUAGUGAAAGUAUUUGUCCUGACUCUGGCCAUCACCUUUGGACUCACUGCUUACACCUUCCAAACAAAGAGGGAUUUCACCAAAAUGGGUGCUGGGUUGAUGAUCACUCUGAUUAUCUUGAUUGGCGUAGGGUUCAUGAACAUGUUUCUUGGAAGCACAGGCCUGGAACUGGUAUUGUCUGGCUUUGGAGCUCUCAUCUUCUGUCUCUUCAUUGUAUAUGACACUCAGAUGAUGAUGGAGAAAUUGUCCCCAGAAGAAUACAUACUUGCAACUAUCAACCUGUACCUAGACAUCCUUAAUCUCUUCCUUGAGCUGCUGCGCAUAUUUGGGGAUCGCAAAGGAUAAUCUGAGAAAGGAUCAAGAUAUAUACAGGAUGAUGUUGGCAGUAGAAUCUUGUAAUGUUAUUAUCAUUAAUGUUGAUUUUAUAUGUUGAAGUACAUGUGUUUUAAGGGCUUAUUUAUUUGGAGAACAAUUACAAAAAGGAGUACUCUGUAUACUGAUUAUGCUACAGGCAAGGAUUCAUGUUUAUUAUGUGAUUAUUAUCUGCGAAGGCACUGGAACAGUUUUAACAUUACUUCACUUUGGGAAUAGAUAAGUUUAUAAAUGGAUCAGCUGAGCAGACUGGUUGAGGUGCUAACACUUGACCUGGGAACCAAGGUUGUGGUAGCUUAUUUUUGUAAACAGAUUUUUUUCAUUAGGUAUCAGACUAUUCAGUAUUCUGUGUUUUCAUUGAUGUGUAUUGCACACUAUACUGUAAAUUGUUCUUUUAUAGAAUUAUUCUUCAAUUGAUGGAAUAUAUACUAUAUCUAAAUGUCCUAUAUUAAGAUGUGAUGUCAUUUAUAGAGUUAUUGGCUGGUAUUAGUAUAAUGAAUCAUAGUCUAUUACAGUUUUUGUGAUAUAAUCCAGGUUCUUAUUUUUUGGAUAGAUGUAUCAUAUUCUUUCAAGAAAUGUGAUUUGAUUAUCAUAAAUAGAAUUGUAUAGCUAAACUGAAAUAUUAUUUAUGUUGAUUAUUAAAAACAUUUUAUAAGU